AUGCUUCACAGCUCAGGAGAUAUGAAGCAAACACAAACACAACAGUAUCAUGACAUUUAUCACAAGACUAAUAAUGCCGUUAUCAAGGUGUUACAGAGAGCGUUUAUCAUAUGUUUCUUUCUUUUGGGAUCUUUGAGUAUCGUAAUCUUCCAGGUUUGUUUGCAUUUGCUUCUACCCUGGAGUAAGAUCAGAUUACAGAAUGGCAUGAACCAGAGCAAGAAAGCGUUCAUCGUUUUGCUGUGCUUGAUUUUAAACAUGGUGGCUCCCUCCUCUUUGAAUGUCACUUUCGAAACAUCACAAUCAUCGAAGAGUUCCUCACCUAGCGCCAAUUCGCGUUUCAAAUUCAAAGAUAAGGCCAUUAUCAUGGCUAACCAUCAGAUGUAUGCAGAUUGGAUAUAUCUCUGGUGGCUUUCAUUUGUCUCAGACCUAGGUGGUAAUGUCUUUAUCAUUUUAAAGAAAACUUUAAAAUACGUCCCGAUAUUGGGGUUUGGCAUGCAAAACUUCAAAUUCAUAUUCUUAAAUAGAAACUGGCAAAGGGAUGAAACAACCCUAACUGAUAGUUUAGUUUCCAUGGACCUGAAUGCAAGGUGCAAGGGGCCCCUAUCGAAUUAUAAGGCUUGCUACUCCGAGACAAAUGCAUCCAUUGCAGCCUAUAAUUUAAUAAUGUUUCCUGAGGGUACGAACAUAAGCCCCAAUACGAGAGAAAGAAGCGAAGCAUACCGUCAAAGAGCCCGCUUGCACCACGUUCACUUGAGACAUGUUUUGCUACCACAUGCUAAAGGGUUGAAAUUUGCACUAGAAAAGCUGGCUCCUAGUUUAGAUGCUAUCUACGAUGUCACCAUUGGUUAUUUUCCGGUCCUGAAGACUGAAUACGCUGGCACCAAAUUUACUCUAAAAAAAAUUCUUUUGAUGGGUAUAUACCCUGAGAGAAUAGCUUUCCAUAUAAGAGAAUUUGAGAUCAACGAGAUCCCCUUGCAAGAUGACGAGGUUUUCUUCAAUUGGUUACUGGAUGUGUGGAAGGAUAAGGACGAAUUACUUGAAAACUACUACAAUUCAGGCCAGUUCAAGAGCCUCAACGAAAAUAAGAACCCGUCCGCUGUCGUUGUUAAGCAAACAGACGGAUUCCAACACGAUGCGCUAGCACCCCGGAUCCUUUCCUACUACGGUAUGCUGGCUUUCCUUGUGUUCCUAUUUGCGAUGAAAAGGCUCUCCGAGCUACCAGUAAGCUAG